GCGUGGGUAGCUGGCGGCAGCGAUGCUCAACUGCUGGGAAGCCGCGCUGGGCGCCGCCGUCUCCGUCCCCGUCUUUCUUUUCGUGGCAGCGCCCUACAUCAGGCGCUAUGUCGCUGGAGGACGGUGUAAGUCAACAGCAAGGCUGGAGGGGAAGGUGGUGAUAAUCACAGGAGCCAACACAGGCAUCGGGAAGGAGACCGCCAGAGACCUCGCACGAAGAGGUGCAAGGGUAAUUAUUGCUUGCAGAGACACGGCAAAGGCAGAAGCUGCAGCCAGUGAAAUCCGAGCCGAGACAGGGAACCAGGAGGUCAUUGCGAAAAAACUGGACUUGGCUGAUACCAAGUCCAUCCGGGAGUUUGCUGAGAGAUUUCUAGCAGAGGAGAAGGAACUCCAUAUUCUCAUUAAUAAUGCUGGGGUAAUGUUAUGCCCUUACUCCAAGACUGCUGAUGGCUUUGAGAUGCAGCUGGGAGUCAAUCAUCUCGGCCAUUUUCUCUUGACCUUCCUGUUGCUGGAGCGUCUGAAGCAGUGUGCCCCCGCCCGCAUCGUGAACGUGUCCUCGCUGGCUCACCACGGCGGCCGCAUCCGCUUCCACGAUCUGCACGGGGAGAGGAGCUACAACCGCGGCCUGGCCUACUGCCACAGCAAGCUGGCCAACGUGCUCUUCACCCGCGAGCUGGCCCGGCGCCUGCAGGGCACUAAAGUCACAGCAAACGCUCUCCAUCCCGGGUCCGUGUACUCGGAUCUGGUCCGGCACUCGUCUGUAAUGACCUGGCUGUGGAAGAUAUUCUCCUUCUUCUUGAAGACACCUUGUGAAGGAGCUCAGACCAGUAUCUACUGUGCAGUAGCUGAGGAGCUGGAGUCUGUGACAGGACAGUAUUUCAGUGAUUGCCAGCCAGCGUACGUAUCUCCACGUGGUCGGGAUGAUGAGACAGCAAAGAAGCUCUGGAGCGUGAGCUGUGAGCUCCUUGGCAUCCAGUGGGACUGAGCAGCACCAAGAGUGUCCCUGGCUGGGCCCAGCAAAGCUUCUCCAGGGAACAGCACUGCUGAGAGACCUCAAGAGUACAACACUGAUACUUCAGCUGCCCUAAGGAUGGCUCUGCGGGCACGACAUAAGUUGAAUUUCUGCAAUAUUACACUUAAGGAUUGAGAUUUGUAAGCAAUCGGUCCCUCUUCCUAGCUGGAGAAUUAGAGCACUAAUGCAGGGAGCAACCUGCUUGUUAUCUCACACAGCACCUCGAGGCUGUGGUUCUCUGGCUUUAGAAUAGAAAGGGAGGUUGCAGUCUUAGGUUUAGAUUAUGAAGUAACAAGGCAUUACUUUAAAUGAAGUUUGGUUGUUUUUUUCCCUA